AUGGCAGCCUUAGAUGCGAAGCUUCGUCGCCAGCAGCGCAAGGUCUUGUUGCAGGUUCUGGUCAGAGCCAAAGGGGACAAGGCUGUCUUCAAGAAGGAGGUGGAACACCUUAGCAAGAAGUCUCGAAAGAACACACUCAAGGUGGAGAAAGGUUUUUACACAAAGGAAAACAUGCGCAAAGUUUUGGGAUGGAAUGCGAAGCGAAUCAAGGAUGCGGUCAGGUACUGCACUGUGAAGUCAAGGGUGAAAACGCAUGUGAGGCGUGACAAGUAUGAGCGGGACCUCAAAGAGUACUGGGUUGACACAGCCACCACGGGCACAUUCGAGAAUGAACACGAAGAGUCUUUGGUUGACCGAACGUCAACUGAAGGGAUUGCCAGCAGCUUUGACCUUGGGCUCCCUGCUGCGCCAGAUGGCAUCGAGGACCAAGGUGACGAGUCUGAGGCCGAGUCUACUUCUGGAAAUGAAGCUCCCAGUGUCCGUUCGAAAGUUCCCAAACCGGAUGACCUUGAGAAUGAGCCAGUCUUUGAGGCAGUUGAGAACAUCAAAACCGUUGUUGACAAUUUGCUUCGAGUUCAGAGCCGAUUGGAUACCCUCCGUGAGAAGCUGACAGCCCUGAACACUUCUGAAAGCCAGCAGUGCCUCCCGAAGGUGGAUGCCUACCGUUCCAAGCUUGAAAAGCGACAUGAUGAGCUUGCCGAUCUCAAGUCUUAUUUCGAUGGGCACAUGAAGGCAUCUGAUGGGGAAGAACCAUUUGAGAAAGCGAAGGUGAGCCAAUUGCAGACCCUGCUGCGAAGCAUCGAAGUGGAGUGCAUGCCCCAGACAUUCAGCUUGUCCAUGGAGGUGGUUUCUUAUUUACAUCUUCCCUACUUGCAGGACAUCCCGCGCUUUGAUGGAAGAUACAAAGCUGAAGAAGUCCAGACGAUCUUGAAGCCCACCAAGCCCCCGAAAGGGGAUGAGCCUGGUGCCAAUGCGCCCAGCGGCAGCGGCAAAAGGCCCAGGGCCAAAGCUCCUGCCAAGAAACGUAAGGCUGCCGUGGCAGAACCAUCCGAGCCGGCAAAGAAACCUAAGAUUAAGAAGAAGAAGGCAGCCAACUGUUCCACUCCUCAAGCAGUUGCAUCUUCGCACGGCCCCGUGGGUCCUGCAGGCAAAGCUGUGGCACGGGCGAUCGCCAAGGGGGUUACCGAAAAAGAAGCCUGCCAUUUGGUGCAGGCAUUUUGGGAGGAGUUCGAACCCUUGCUGAAACCCGAUUCCAUAGUCCCAAGUGGAAACUUUUGUGCAUUAGCAUCCAGGCUGGCCAGAACAGACCAUGAGAACCGUUUGUCCAGCCACCUUCCCAAAUUUGGGCUAUGCACCAACAUCCCAGUGAGUUUUGUUGAUGUGGGCCUGUCCGAAACACACCCAAUCUUAGCGGUUUCCGACUUCAUCAAGACAUUGGAUGCCGACAACAAAAUGGACACUCUAUUGAUGGGCAACCGGGCUCAACAAUAUGAAGAGUUCUGGAAUUAUUGGCGGCAACUUGUAUGUUGCUAUGACUACGGAAUCUUCGGGUGCAACUCUUUUGAGGAGCAUUUGUCAACCGUAUUUGCUGAGCUGAAACAAUUUUGCGCACGGAACUCAUUGCAACUGCACAUGAUGCACCUAUCGCGACAAUUGCUUGGUUUUACAAAAUCCAGUGAGUACCCGAUUGGGAAUUGGUUCAAAGGUGCUGACACAGUUUCGCUCUUGAAAUUUCUUGAGAUGAUUCUUCCUGAGAAACUAUUGGAUGCCAGUGUGGACGAAGAGACCAACAAUUUUUUCCAGGCGUGUUUGAAAGCCACAAGAGAAGCCAAUAGGUUCAUGACAACUUUGUACCAUGCCGCUUUCUGGCUUACACGUUCAGAAAGACGAACUCUUAUAGUUUCUGGCACCAAGUUCACCACUGCUUUCAGGGUUUGUGCGGACCACUGCUACUGGGCAGAUUUGACCAGAUUCAAACUGCAACCCAAACAGCAUAUGUUUGGGGAGCUGGUUUUCGAACUGCAAGUUCAGGAGUGCCAGAACUUGCCCAGCCCCAACCCUUUAGUGUAUAGCACGCAGCAAGAUGAAGACUAUGUAGGUCGCAUAUGUACUUACAGCCGUUCUGUAUCAAUCCGUACAAUCCAUGUGCGAACUUUGAGCCGCUAUCAAAUAGCUUUGGCUACAUUGAUAUGA